AUGGUGGUAGACACUACAUACUACGAUGCCCUGGGGGUGCCUCCCACGGCUACUCUGCUCGAGAUCAAGAAGGCGUACAGAAAACUAGCUAUCACAACUCAUCCAGACAAGAACCCCGACGACGAGACAGCACACAGCAGAUUCCAGGCUAUCGGAGAAGCUUACCAAGUAUUGAGUGAUGAGACUCUACGGAAACAAUAUGACAAGUUUGGAAAGGAUAAGGCUGUUCCGGGCGGUGGAUUCGAGGACCCCGCGGAGCUGUUUGGCAUGAUAUUCGGCGGUGAAGCGUUCGUUGAUUGGAUAGGCGAGAUAUCACUGAUGAAGGACCUCACCAAGACUAUGGACAUAACCAUGCAACAGAUGGAAGAAGACGAGGAGCUCGCAAAAGAAGCAGACGCCAAACUCAACGUGAAGGACCCAGCCAAGCCUGAAUCUGGUGAAACAACUACUACGGCUCCUGCUCCGGGUGUUACCGUUGCUGAUGAGAAUGAAGCUAAGAAGGAUGAAACUGCUGGAACUGCUGGAGCCGCUCAGGAAGCUUCCGGUACUAGCACCCCCCGACGGAAUUGGGGACAGCAGGCAAUCAUGGAUAAAUCCGAGGAAGAGGCUAGAAUGCAAGCCGAGGGCUUAUCACCAGAGGAGAAAGAGCUGCGGAAAAAGGAGAAGAAGAAGGGUCUUUCCAAGGAACAGCGGGAACAGCUGGCUGCAUUCGAGCUAGAGCGAAAGAAGCAGCGUGAAGAACGAGUCAACACCCUUGCACGCAAACUGGUUGAUCGACUUAGCGUCUGGACCGAGACCGACAAGGGGCCUGACGUCACCACCGCUUUCCAAGAGAAGAUCAGACUUGAAGUCGAGAACUUGAAGAUGGAGUCCUUUGGCUUGGAAAUCCUACACGCUAUUGGAAGCACAUAUAACUCCAAGGGAACAUCCUUCCUCAAGUCACAGAAGUUCCUCGGCAUAUCAGGCUUCUUCUCAAGACUAAAGGAUAAGGGUAACCUGGCUAGGGAAACAUGGACUACCAUCUCGACUGCACUGGAUGCCCAGAUGACCAUGGAGGAGAUGGCCAAGCUCGAAGAAAAGGGUGGUGAGGACUGGACUGACGAGAAGAAGGCCGAGUAUGAGAAGAAAGUCACUGGAAAGAUCCUCGCCGCUGCCUGGAGAGGAAGCAAGUUCGAGAUUCAGAGCGUCUUGCGUGAAGUCUGCGACCAAAUAUUGAACGACAAGGCUAUUCGUCUGGAGAAGAGGGUAGAGCGUGCCCAGGCCCUGGUUAUUAUUGGAAAAUACUUCCAGCAGGCUGAACGCGAUCCCAACGAAGAGGGAGAAUACAUGGCCUUUGAAGAGCUGAUGGCCGACAGCAUGGCGAAGAAAGACGAUAAGAAGAAAUCAGCAUCAGCAGCAAAACAGUCUACAGCGAACCCCAGCAGCUCUGAGAAAUAA